AUGGAUUUAUCUGCUGGUGAUACCCAGAAUUUGACCAAGCCCAAUCUCAUCGAUAUGGAUUUUCUAAAAUUGUUUAAUGAUGAAGUUGAGGUUCUUAGUGGUUUGGCGAAUCUGGAAAUGGAUCUACUCAAAGGAAACACGGCAGCCGUUGGUAGAGAGGACUUGAUUUGCUUACUAAUGCAGGAGUCUCAUCGCCUUGCUGAGGAACAGCAAAGAGCUAGAGGAAACUGCACCCAAAUUCGUAACGAACGCAGUUCUUUGACUUCGCUGGAUGGGUUAAAAAUUGUUACAAAAUUGUUACUACGUCUGCACAGCGGUGGCGACAGUGCCUCAGACUCGAGGCAGCGCCGCAGAAAGGCGGAAUCAAGCACUGAUUCAGGUUUGGACGAGGAUGUCAAUGCCUCUGUUACUACUGUUGUUGAAAGUAGAGUCUCCUCUACGCUAGAGGAGAAAAAUGAAUGUGUCUCAGGAACGAUCCUUGGACUCAAUGAGGAAGAAGGAAAGGAGGCCAUCCUUAGAGGAUUUUUGGAUGAUGUGGAGAAAUUCGACGGCGUCUGUACUCAAAAUUGCGCUGAAAUUUGUCUUAAAUCGUGA